AGAGAGCUUUGUUGAAACAGGGACUUCCCUGAGCCUCCAUCAUUUGCAGGGAGGGAAAAAAAACACGCACACACACAUCCUCCUACAUACACACGCUCACACUGUGCUGCGAGCUAGCAAGGGGCUUUAAACUGCUUCACUCUAAACUGAGAAAAAGGGACUGUAACGUGCCACAAUGGAGGAAAACAUGGAUGAAUCACAGAGCCAGAAAGGCUGUAAGGAGUGCUGUGAACGAUGUGUGGGAAGCCUGCCCUGGGCCUCUCUCAUCGCCACCAUCCUCCUCUACAUGGGCGUGGCCUUGUUUUGUGGGUGUGGCCACGAGGCUCUGAGCGGCACCGUCACCAUCCUCCAGAAUUACUUUGAGGUCAUCAGAGCCCCUGGAGAGACACUGGAUGUGUUCACCAUUAUUGACAUCCUGAAGUACAUCAUCUAUGGACUUGCAGCUGGGUUCUUUGUGUUUGGAGUGCUGCUGCUGGUGGAGGGCUUCUUCACCACCGGAGCCAUCAGGGAUCUCUAUGGAGAGUUCAAGAUCACCGCCUGCGGGCGCUGCCUGACUGCAUUCCUGAUGUUCCUGGCCUACCUGUUCUUCCUGGUGUGGCUCGGAGUCACAGCGUUCACCAGCCUGCCCGUCUUCAUGUACUUCAACGUCUGGUCCAUGUGUCAGAACACCAGCCUGGUGGAGGGAGCCAACCUCUGCCUGGACCUGCGUCAGUUUGGAGCUGUGACUAUCUCUGAGGAGAGGAAGGUGUGCACAGGAUCUGAGAAGUUCUUCAAGAUGUGUGAAUCCAACGAGCUGGACUUGACCUUCCACCUGUUUGUGUGCGCUCUGGCAGGAGCAGGAGCUGCUGUCAUCGCCAUGGUCCACUUCUUGAUGGCUCUGGCUGCUAACUGGGGCUACCUGAAGGACGCCAGCAGGAUGCAGAAGUACGAAGACAUCAAGUCAAAGGAGGAGCAGGAGCUGCACGACAUCCACUCUACACGUUCCAAAGAACGCCUAAAUGCCUACACAUAAACACACACCUGCAGGAAACGACACAAACACACACACACGUACACACACACACACUUAAACCUGUCAGACACACAAAUAUGAUACAUGCAGACACACUCACACACAUGAAGCCUGACACACAAGAAGCAUACAGAAUACAAACAAAUGAAGAAAAAAAACAACACUAAAAACAUUCAAAGCAAAAUAAACACACGAAGAGGGAGAAAUAAAGAAGAAGAAAAAAUGAUGAAAACAUGGACACCAUCAUCAUCCUCAUUUCUGCAAUGGUUUAUUAGCUCAGAUGGGCGAUGCUAACAAUUUAGCAUCCCAUAUGUUUGCUUGCUUCAUUUUUAUUAACCAUGACUUUGUCCUUUUGAUCAAGAAAAGAAAAAUAGCUUUACUUGAAACAAAAGGAAAGAGUUAAAAUCUUACUUUCUUUUUUACUCACAAUGCCCUAAAAUAUCUAGAACUGGUCAAUAAUUUCCAGAAGGAAAACAUAAAUAAACAUGAAAAUGUUAACAUAUAAAAUAGCACAAGACAUUUACAAAAUUAUACCAAAAAGGACUAAUAAUGAGCAGAAGAACCCAAAGACAUUUUACAAUAACAUGUGUUUGCCCUUCUAAUUUGCAUCCCUAUGAUUUCACUGGCUGUGUUGUAUUCUUUUUUUUGUGAGAUAAAGCGCACAUCUCCGCCCUUUUCAACAGCUUUUCAGCUUUAACAUGUUAGCACGGCAUGCCAAAAAAAUCUACAGCAGACAUUUGAAUGAGUUUGGUGUCUAUGAGCUCAUCAUUUAACGAGGGGGACAAUAUCACGAUAUACCCCCCCCCCCCCCGCAGUACACACAUCACACACACGCACAAACACUCACACACACACACACACACGCACACUCUCACACUUACACAUAGAUGUGGCUGAAUGGUCGGUGUUGUUCAGGCAGUGUUGUAUGGUGGUGUCAUGCUGUGUCGUGUCGUUUCGCCACAUUAUGAUGACUGGUACUGCAGAGAAAAACGGUCCCUGAGGAUUAUGUACCUCCUGGGUGCAAAUGGUUACCCCCCCCACCCUCUCUUCCCCCUCCUAUGUCCUAAAACCCUACUCCUCCUCUUCCUCCACUCUGUGACCUCUCCAUAGAGCCCUGUUUCAUUAGUUGUUCCACAGACCUUUGCAACAGACCAUAGUGUCCUAAAAUCGUCCGUUUUAUGAAUAGGGUUUGGUUUGAAAUGACAUCGGUCAUUUAAAUUCUAAAGCCAUAUAUUGAUUGACAAAAUGUGCAGAUAGAUGGGUGUCAAAUUCUAUUAAAUCCAAAAUUCCCCUGAUAUGGCUUUCUGUCCAUCACAUGUCGGACUACCCUAGCUAUUUUGGCCCUUCAGAAUAAAAGCACUUAAGAUGGCAGUGGAAGCCAUUUAAUACAACUAGUGAACCUGAGCUCUGCUUCCUCCCCCCCUUCAUCCCUGAUUUGUACAAACUUGUGAAAUGUCCUCAGAAACAGCACAUCUUAACAGCACAAAGUCUUUUUAACGUGUGUCAUGUUCUCAUCAGUCUUUUUUUCUCACUUUUUGGACUUUUGCCACAUUUUUAUCAGUAUUAUUUAUAUGUAAUUUUAGAAUGGGGGAGGGGGGUUGUUUCAAUGGAACAGGUGUGUGUGUUGGACGGGGACGGGGUUGGUUGUAACAAUUUCACAUUUUCUUGUGAUGAUUCUGUAUUUCAGUGGUUCUGCACACAGACACACACACACACACACACACACACACACACACAUACACACACACACACUCACAGAUACACAUACACAUUGCGUACACACCAAUCAUGUUGAGGAUUAUUUAUUGUCAUGUUUACGUGUUUUUUUAUACCUUUAUUUCAGCUAGCCCUAAUGUGACCAAAACUCCAGUUCAUGUAUAAGCUGAAUUUGAAAAUCACUGAUACUGAUACCAAUUUGUCAUUUGUAAAAGAAUCAGAUGAUUACUGUGAAUUCUGGGAGACGGUGAAGGUUUGAAAGAUGGAGCAGGAUGUGAUGAAAGAUUAAGGAUCUGAUUCCUAGAAACAUUUGAAGGUGCAGAGAUUUGUAACAUCUAACGAAGCAUCCGGCUCAGGAAGUAGAACGGGACAGUUGUGAUGAGGUUGAGUGGUGUGAAUAAAAUACAUUUUUAAAAAAAGGUCUUGAGUUUCGAAAGAAAGCAAGUGAAGGGAGAUAAAAGUCACCACUGUCGGUUGCAGGGAUCUAACUGGAGUAGUCUAUUGAAAAUGAGGACCAAGAUGAAUGAUGUUCCAGCUGAUAAGCUUGCGGUUUCUAGAUGAUUUGUGUUACUGGAGAGUUUAUCUAUGUUAUAAAGGAUGUCCAAGUUAAUACUUGGUAUCUGAGUUAUCUCUCCUCAGGUGCUCCGUUAUUGGAAGCUGUGGCCUAUUUCUUUGCUAUAGAUCACCGAUAACGUGAUCAUACUUGUUGAGAUUUUGACUCUAAUUUUUAAUUGCUUACUGCUAUUUUUCAAGUAAGGCCAAUUUGACCAGCAUUAAAUACAAUGCAAAAAAAUAGAUUUUUAUUCUUAAGAUUUGAAAUAAGGAGAUUUUUAAAAUGAUCUGCUGCCAGGGUUUGCAGGGCUGUUCUGUCUGUUUUAUAUGUUAAGUUAUGUUGAGCCAUUAAAAUGAAGGUGUGUUCAGAACAAGAGUGAAGUGAAUAUUUGAACUGAGUGGUUACAAAGUCGAAGAAAAAGAAAACACAAUAAAGGCAAAUGACAUCUUUACAUGAACAGUAAUUUGUGCCAGAUAUGAAACAUAAAAAUAGCAUGAUCAUAAUUAUGCAUCAAAAACAAACUUGUAUCAGUAAAAAAAGAGGCAGAGAUUCUCUUGACUUUUGUUGAGAACACGUCUUUAGCAGGUUGUUUGUUCUGUCCUGGUUGAAAUGUGAAGGAAAGUGACGAUUCUCUAUCUGCCAGUAGAGACGACUGAGAGGGAAUGAUUACUGUGCUGAUGAUGAAGAUGGUGAUGAUGGUGAUAGUGGUGAUGAAGGGUUUGAUCUGAUAAGACUACCAGCACACACACACACACACACACACAUAUACACAUAUACACAAAAACAAGCACACACACCACCACCGCCAUCACUCUGAGCCAUAAUUCUUUGCUCAUUUACUUUUCACUGAUUACAUUUCACUAUUUUAUUAUCAACUUUUAAAAAUUUUAAAUGUUAAAUCAUUUAAUUAAAAAAAAGGAAAUGUGUUUUAAAUUUUUCUUUUUUCUUUCUUUUUUUGUGGGCAGUAUUAAAAGCACUGUACCUUCGGUAACUCUGUAUAAAGAUAUACAUAUAUGUGAAACAGUCGAGGUGAGCAGCCGGGAGAAUGAUUUCCUAUUGGUUACAGAGUCUGGAGGAGGCGGUUCAGUCCCAAUGUCCUGAGCUUCUGCUCCCUGACAGAGCUGCAUUUACACACACAGCAAGGACGCCGGGUAUUCAAGUCAAUGGUUAUUGGUUUGAACACCUUGCAUGAUUGAUAAAUAUUCUAAAUAAACAUCAAAAUUAAAAUGCAUUUUGAAGUAUCACAUGCAGUACUCCAAAGUACCUCUAGGGGUCGAUGAUAUCACAAAACCAUUACUUUAAGAUGCAGAAAUCCUCACAAGAUGGCAUCUAAGCCUCCAAACAAAUAGACCAAAUAAUCUAAAUUUAUAAGAAAAAAUUGUUCAUUAACAAUCUAAUGACUAAUUGUUUGAUCAAGUUAAAUGUUCACAUGUUUGCAGAGACAAACUGAAAGAAGAAAUUCAUGGAGAAGGCAAACUGACCAUCAUGCAAUAACAGAUGAAGUGGAUGAAUGGUUCUGAAGUUGAAAACCUGUUUGGAUCUACUGUCCUCCAUGAACAUUAUGGUAAACAGAGCUAAAUCUGGUUCUUUAUGUUGUGUAAAUGCAGCUCAUCUGACAGAAUUGAUUUAAAAGUACCAUCUGUGUCGAUAAAGGGAGACUCCCCCGGACUCGUGUCCUGUUCAGGUGUGUCUCGGCUGCAUACAGUCAGUAUUUUUAAGGGUCUAGUUUUACAGUAACAGUAUUCUAUCAUUUCAUUGCCUGACAAUGGAUGUCAUGUCAGUGUUUUUAACCUCAGAUAAAAAGAAAAAAAUAGUUUUUUGUGCACUUAUUGACCAUUGUGAGCUCUCUCUCUCUCUUAUUCUUGGUGUGUAAGUGCAUUGAGAUCCCCUCUGAGGGACCUGUGUAUAGUCUUGCAGCAUUGGUUAUAACCUGAAGAAAUAACAAUGAUGAAAACGAAUGAAUUCAUAAUAAUGAAGAUAAUCUUAUUCUAGGUUUAAAAAGAAAAAAAAACAAAAAAAGACAGUGAAUCUAGUUGUUGUUUGUGGCAUGGUUAUGCAUUAAAUGGUCAUAAUUUUAAUGAUUAAAACAAUACAAAAAAAAAACUUAUUUUCCACUGGCGCUGUUCUGCUGUUUUGUUUUGUUUUCACAUUUUCAGUGUGCAGUAUUGCGGUUCCUGUUGCUAAUGGUGUUGCUAAGCUAGCUCGCUUGCUCAGUUGUUUACCACCAGAGCAAUAUAUUGUAGCAGAAAUCCAGACGUAAAACACAAAGUCAGUACAUUUCUGGCAUUUAAGUGCAUGAAUCUAAGAUUGCAAGUCUUAAGUGAUAUGAUCAUGGUGUUCUCUAUUGUUUCUCCUAAUAAAUCGGAUUUGCAGAUGUGGUGUAAUGUAUUGCUCUGGCUAUCCCCCUCACCCAUCUCUGUCUUCAUCCUGCACCCACCUCUGCUCGCAUCCUCUUCCUCGCUCAGUUCUUCUUUUUUUUUUUGAGCUACAGUCACACCACAGCUCCGGGUGCUUUUGUAUUUAAGUGACUCAUGUCUGAUUUCCUGUGUGUGUGUGUGUGUGUGUGUGUGUGUGUGUGUGUGUGUGUGUGUGUGUGUGUGUGUGUGUGUGUGUGUGUGUGUGUGUGUGUGUGUGUGUGUGUGUGUGUGUGUGUGUGUGUGCUUGUAACAGCCAGUGUGUGCACACACAGGAGUCACUGAUGCAUAAGUAAAGCCCCAUGUUACCUAGCAACAAGCACAGUCUGUCCAGCUCACACAGCCAAAUCACCAUCUGUAAUGAAGGCCGAGUAAUAAUUCAGAGCUGCACGAUCUCUGUUGAAGGUGGAGAAGAAUCACUGGCUGAUACUACAAUAGUCAAUCAUGAGAUACAGACCUAAAUAGAUUCACUAUUAGGAAAAAUGUCUUUGCCAGGUGGUGUGAUGGAGCUUAAAAUCUGAAAUGUUUGUCAUAGCAGCUGAUAGGAGAUCUGUGUGCUGCUGGGAGUAGGGAAGAGGAUGCGAGCUGCUUGCUCUCCAUUUGUUUACGUCUCCUCAUUUCCUCACGUCGUCUACUUGUUUAGAUGAUUUUUAGGUAUGGCUACUGACCCACGCUAAUCCUGCGUCCUUCUUGUCUACCCGCUGACCACAGCUGAACAUGGACUCACUUUACCAUCCCACCAUCCUGGCCACAGGCUUUUUAAGGACAGAUAAAAAAAACACACAACAAUGUCAGAGUCUUAAAGCAAAGAAUUUCAAUGAGAUGAAAUCUGAUUUGUAACCUCGUGUGAUGAAGAUUUGAUCUGUUUUUGACUGUUUUUGCAGCUCUGUAUCACAGGAUGAAAUUUCAGAUCCUUUGUGCCUGAAAUGAUUCAGCUCUAAAAAUCGAUGAUCCAUGUGUUGUGUCAGGUUGGGCAUUUUGGACGUUGGAAGUAGUUUAUUUUUCUUUCUUUUUUUCUGUUUCUCCAUAGUAUUCUAGUCUUUUUGUACUCCACUCUGGUUGCAUAGUAGCAGGCUUUAUCUGAUUCACUCCUCCAUUUUUGUACAUAUCUGUGCCAACAGCUUGGGCAGACAGUGGCUUUUUUAUUUGUAAAGACAUAAACUUGCUUGCAUAUAUAAAUAAAAUGAAAUAAUACACUUGUGUACUUGUUAAUAAGGGAA